AUGGACGAAAUGCCGUUAAGUGACAAGUCCGACGUGGACGUGCUGACGUCUGUCCUCUCGGCUAUGACUGUGCGCCACCAGGAUCAUAGCACGAACAACCUCGUGACGAUCCAGCGUCCUGCUACUACUCUCAAGGAGAUUCUCGAGAAGAUUCGCGCCAACCAGGACGAGAUUUGUGAACUCGAUCUCGAGGACAUGGCAGCCAAAAAACGCCUACUACGCUCGUCUGGCGGAGACCUGGUGGCUCGCGUCUUUCAGCUGAACUACACAGUGAAGCGUCUAUUGCUUCCAGGCCAUGAGAUUGGAGACGCUGGGGCCAUGUCGAUGGGCAACAUGCUUCGAGCAAACGCCACUUUGCAACAUCUGGACCUAAAAGAGAACCAGAUCACGGUAAAAGGGGCGCAUGCUCUAAGUGACUCUCUCUACGGUCACGAAGCACUUGAACACUUGGGUCUCUCAAGUAACCAAGUGGGAAAUGAAGGGGCAAAGGCCGUGGCCAAAGUGCUACCGUGUAAUAGUUCGUUAAAAUCGAUAGAUCUUGCGAAUAACGGUAUCGGCGAGGAAGGGGGUAGCGCCUUGCUGGACGCGGUGGUGCAAAACAGAUCGCUGGUCAGGAUGCGUUUGGUGAAUAAUGAUAUUCCGCAGGACAUUUUGGACAAGAUCCGAGCGGCUUUAGUCGUUAACAAACUUAUGCAGAAGAAGGCAGCGAGAGACGAGACAAAAGAUCGACAGACGGAUCAAAAAGAAGGUGAAAGCGUGGAAAGCCAGAGAGACCAAGAGAUUGGAAGCUCUAGCGACAGUGAGGAGGAGUCGCUGUGGAUUUAA